UUGAGGGAGUGGGAGGGAGGACGCCAACUUGGAAACACGGCGGACGGAAUGAAACAAACUCCCCCUCGAUGAAAACGAGCGGUGGUCUGUUACCCAGGCAGGAGGGAACCACAUACGCCGGUUUGAUAUGAAACAUCGCGGCCUGACUUUAUAGCCACUCUCCGUCGCUUGACGUUUUUAAAGUUCUCUUGGUAAACUUUCUGCGCGUCUUUUGUCGAGUUCGCUCCGAGUGUGCUCCAUUCGGCCGGCUUUGGGAAGCGAGCGACCCGUCCCCCCACAUGCCCGGUUCUCGCUAGUCAACCUUCAGGACCAGGUGAGCUCCAAAGCCGGACUCCGCGUGGACCACCACAGGUAACGGCGGUCAUUUGACCCGCACGGAUCCCUUUGGUCACAUUUCACGACUCUGGAAAGGAGCAGCCGAGCUUCACGACCAGGACAUGGAUCUAACAACAGAGGCCGUGAAUAGACGCGGAGAGGGCGGGAGAAGAUUCCGAAUCGACUCGCUGUGCGCCAUCGGUGUAAUUUGCUUACAAGUGUUGUCCAUCCAGGCUGCCAUCCAGUUCACAAGGGAGCCCAAGUCUCAGGAUGCCCUGCACGGCCGUAGCGCCAUGCUCCGUUGCGAGGUCAGCGAUCCGACUGACAUCAGCUACCGUUGGCUCCAUAAUGGGCAGCCGUUGGACAACGGCGAGAGGCGCUACCAGGAGGGCAGCAAUCUCCAGUUUAGCGCUGUGGACCGCCGACUGGACGCAGGAAACUUCGAGUGUGUGGCGCAAAACACAGUCACGGGAGAGGUGCUCCAUUCCAACAAUGCCUCUUUCAACAUCAAAUGGUUAGAAAGCGGGGGUGUGACAUUAAAGGAGCCCGAAGGGGAAAUUGAGAGCUCAGCUAUGGUCACGCUGCGCUGUCACAUUGAUGGACACCCACGUCCGACCUGCCAGUGGUUUAAAGACGGGAUGAAGCUGACUGAGAAGAGCCAUCAGAUCAACAACAAGGAGCGGACGCUUACAAUCAAGAGCGCCACUCCAGAUGAUAAUGGUCUGUUCUACUGCUGUGCCAAAAAUGCAGCCGGCCACGUCUGCAGCAACAGUAACUUCACUCUCAACAUAAUAGAUAAGAGCUUUCCUCGACCAGUGGUUACUCCUGAGGACCAGGUGGUUCUGAGGAAUGAAGAAGCUGUGUUCCACUGCCAGUUCACCGCCGUGCCGCCUCCUGCUCUGGAAUGGUACCAUGAAAGUGAGCUGCUGGUUAACAAAACCCGCAUAUUCCUGCUGUCCAAUGGAUCGCUGCUCAUCACCCAGGUCAAACCCAGGAACACGGGCUUGUACAAAUGUGUUGGCCGCGGCGUCAGCGGCUCUCAAGUCACACACGAGGCUUCCCUUCUCAUCGCAGAGAUCGAUGAUAUGGUGUCCAAAAUGUCAAAGGUUUUCACAGCAGACACCCUGCAGCGGGUCCGCUGUAACGCCCCACGAGGAAGACCCCAGCCUGAAGUCUGGUGGGAGAGGGAAGGUCAGCGGGUGCCCACGGAAGGACGAGUGUACCAGGAUGGCUCGGAUCUGGUCUUCAGUCCGACGGAGGCAGGCGAUUCUGGAGUUUAUACCUGUGUAGCACAGAAUAAGGCUGGUCGCAGGACACAGGAAGUUACCUUCACUGUUGCCACCGCCCCAGUGUGGAUAACAAGGCCCCAAGACAGCCGCUUGGAAGAAGGUAAACCGGGUUAUCUGCACUGUCACGCCAAAGCCACUCCCGAACCAGAGGUCACAUGGCUUCGCAACAACAUCAUGAUCACGCCAGAGGAUUCCCGUUUUAAACUAUUCCCCAAUGGUACCCUGAGGAUCAACAGUGUCGAGGUGUAUGACGGACAGAUGUAUGGCUGUGAGACCAAAACAGUGGGUGGUCGACUGUCUGGCCAGGCAAGAGUCAGCGUGCUGGAGAAGCUCAAGUUCACCCCGACCCCCCAGCCUUCCCAGUGCCUGGAGCUUGAUAAUGAGAUCACCAUCCAGUGCUCGGCGAAGGGAAGAGAAAUUCCCACCAUCCGCUGGACAAAAGCAGACGGAGGAGAUCUGCCACCCCAUGUGGAGCAAAAAAAUGGUCAGCUUCACUUCUCCAAAGUGACCCGCAGUGACGCCGGCAAUUAUACCUGCAUCGCCUCCAACAGCCUCCAGGGGGAGAUCAGAGCCAUAGUGUCCCUCACAGUGGCAGUGUACAUUCGCUUUAAAGUGGAGCCGGAUAAUACAACAGUGUACCAAGGGCACACGGCCAUACUGCACUGCCAGGCCACCGGCAACCCUGAGCCUCACAUCCACUGGAUGGUCAAAGAUAAGACCCUGGAUAUCAGUAAGAACAGAAGGAUCCAGAAGAUGCCCAAUGGCUCCCUUGUGAUUUCGGAUGUCACAACAGAAGACACAGGCAGAUAUACUUGUGUGGCUGGAAACAGCUGCAGCAUCAAAGACCGUGUGGCUCAGCUGUAUGUUGUUGAUAAACCAGCACAGACGCAUGAUGAGGAUGAGGACAGAGCGCCUUACAAGAUGAUUCAAACUAUCGGCCUGUCUGUGGGGGCGGCCGUGGCGUACAUCAUCGUGGUGCUCGGCCUAAUGUUCUACUGCAAGAAAAGGCGCAAUGCCAAAAGACUGCACAAGCGUCCAGAUGGAGAGGAACCAGAGAUGGAGUGUCUAAAUGGAGGCGCUGUUCAACAAAAUGGCCACACGACCACUGAGAUUCAGGAGGCGGUGGCGCUCACCAAUAUGGGUACCAUGGCAACAACCGACAAGCGCCAUAGCCACGUUAGCAGCGACAAGUUGUACUUCCCUCGGGCAAAUCUGCAAACCAUCACUACCUUAGGCAAAGGAGAGUUUGGCGAGGUGCUGCUGUCCAAAGCCAAGGGCAUCGAGGAGAGGGAGGAGGAAACGGUGGUGCUAGUGAAAAGCCUCCAGACAAGAGACGAGCAGCUUCAGCUGGACUUCCGCAGAGAAGCGGAGAUGUUCGGCAAGCUCAGCCACCCCAAUGUGGUUCGCCUGCUGGGUCUGUGCAGAGAGGCCGAGCCCCACUACAUGGUCCUCGAAUACUACGACUUAGGGGACUUAAAGCAGUACCUGAGGAUUUCCAAAAACAAAGAGGACAAAGUUAAAACUCAGCCAAUCAGCACCAAGACCAAAGUUUCCAUUUGUGCCCAAGUAGCUCACGGGAUGGAACAUCUGUCCAAUCACCGCUUCGUUCACAAAGAUUUGGCGGCCCGAAACUGCCUAGUCAACAGUCAGAGACGCAUCAAAGUAUCGUCGCUGAGCCUCAGCAAAGACGUUUAUAAAUGUGAGUACUAUCACUACAGACAAGCCUGGAUCCCUCUACGCUGGCUCCCAUCAGAGUCUGUGUUUGAGGAUGACUUCUCCACCAAGUCUGACGUUUGGGCCUUCGGAGUACUCAUGUGGGAGGUAUUCAGUCUCGGGGAAAUGCCGUACACCAAACUUGGAGACAAUGAAGUGCUAGAAGGCCUGCAGACCGGCAAGCUGAAGCUGCCCCCUCCUGAAGGAUGCCCUUCCAAAAUGUACAAGCUGAUGGUCAGCUGCUGGGCCACCAGCCUCAAGGAACGCCCCUCCUUCAGUGACAUCGUUCACAGCUUGGGAGAGCCGCCCUCUGACAGCAAAGUCUGAGAACAUCAGGAAGGGAAACACCCUUUCCUCUCCAAAUAAAGACAGCAAAGUCACACAUUUCAGGGAAGAAGAGUUUUAAAUAUGCAUUUCUGAAAUUUUACAAAAGGAGGGUGUGAAGGAGUUUGCCAUGUCAUUGGUAGCGGUAGCACACUCGCAUUGUUUUCUUCCCCCCUUCCCCACCCCGGAAUGGCUGUUUACUUUGGAGCAGCGCCGUGAGUUUACAUUUGCCUUAAACGCUACAUGGAUGACCAACUUCUUGUUUAACUUCCUGCAUGUGUCAACUCUGAGACUCUUUAUGAACUGUCUUCUCACACACGCAGAACCAAGCACAGCCUGUCAAACAAUCAUCCUGUUUUUGAAUACGGUUCAAAAACAAAAAAAAGUGCUGCACCCUCGGUUGAACCCGCAUCAUCACCUCUAACCAUAUGGAUGUUCUAGUUGUAUGUGUGCGGACCAUGUAAGCUCCAUUGUGUGCAGCUAUCAGCAUGAAAGUGACUGUUACACGUAAGAUGUGCAACAUGAGCAAACCUGUUUGAACAAACAAAACAAAAAAACUGUUCUGAUGAAGUGCAAAAAAGGAUCUUUUAGUUAGUAUACACCCAAGAGUGAUGACUGUUCCGAUGGAGUUUUUGUAUAUUUUUAUGUGUUUUUUUUUUUUUUUUUUUUUUUUUUUGUAUUAACCUUGAGGUGCCCCCAAUGUGCCGCAGUAACGUGUUCAUUUGUUGUGAUUGUGUUGAAAUGGCAGGAAUCCAUCCUGAGUGUGUUUAAACUUGCUUCUGUGCAGAGGUCCAGUCACAAUUCCCCUCUGGGUUCGUUUUCUUAUUCCUAUGUGUGCAAUGUUACAAGAGGGGACCAGUGUACAUAAUGUUAGAGGCCUUGCACUAACUUUAUCUAAACAUCCCUUUUUGUCUCUAUGCAGGUGCCUGUUUAUUCAUAAUGAAGCUCCUGUGUGUUUGUUGUAUUUUUACAUUGGUUUUAGUAGUUAAUUGUCAAGAUUCAGCUCAACGUGUGCAUAGUCUGGCCAAGCAGCUACAAUGAUGACACAAAGUACAAAAACUAAAAAAGGUCAAAAGAGUGACUGUCGGUCACCAUUGCUAAUUAAGUGCCUGGUAAAUGAAGGAUUAUUGUAAAACUCUUAAAACUUUUUUUUUUUUUUUUUAAACAUGAAAGAAAUGCCUUUGUAUAUGAAAUUGUUUUUAUACGUUGUUUUAGUGUGAUAUGUUUCUAUGAUUGCUAGUCACUCACAUGUAGACUUUUUUUGUUAAUCUGCUUCAGCAAAAUUCCACUGUUAUACAUGGAUAUAUACACAAGUAUACAUACUGCUGUCAAUAAAGGUUCACAGUGUU